AUGGUGGCGCUCGAGCGCCUCGUGGACGAGGCGCUGGCCCGCGCGAUGGCCUCGCGGCUAGCGGCCAAGGCCACGCUUCCACAGGAGGAGGAGGACUCUGCGGACGACCGCCGCAUCUACUUCCGCGUCGUGGGCCCCGAGCCUGCCGACAUCUAUUCCCGCCCCGACCGCAUGUCCAAAGCGCUGGGAGACCUUGUAACCAAAGCAGGCUCGUCGCCCCACCCUUCACUCCGUAGCCACCUUACCCCAUUGUCCCUCCCCUCUCCCCGCUGGAGGCGGAGGGCGGGGAGGCCAGCAGGCGCAGGUGCACUUGCAUAA